ACCCCAGCUCCCUCCACACCUCUACCCUCCCCCAUUGACCACGCGACAAGAUGUCCACCGUCGUCGACAAGGCCAGCGAAGCGGUGGAGACGGUGAAGAACACGGUGCAGGAUGCGGCGCAGAGCGUGAAGAGCACAGUGCUCGGGGGUUCAGGAUCCGGCGGAGGGCCGACGACGAGUAAGUGCCAGCCCCCCAUUGGGCCGGGAAAGGGGGAGCGCUGCUUCUCCUGCUGUCUAUACACGCAUUUGGAAGGGGGCGUUGAUGCUGAUGUUUUGCUGCAAAAGAAGCCACACGGGAAGAAAUGUCCGCUGCACGACUGCCGCUCGCGUACCGAGACUCGUGCGCCCACCUCCUCAUACCCCUCAACAAAUGCCGGAGGGACACGUUUUACAUGCCGUGGUCAUGCGAGGACGAGAGACAUUCGUACGAGAAGUGCCAGUACGACGAGUUUAAGCUGCGCGUGAAGAAGAUGGACGAGAUUCGGGAGGCCAAGGGGGGUGCGAGAAGUAACUAAGAGGAGAAGUGGUGGGCUCCGUGAAGCAUUGCGAGUCUGGAGAAAGGAUGAGAGGAGGAGUUAUUGUAGAUAUCACAACCCA